CGCGGCUGCCAAGGGCCGGCCCGCAAGUCCCAGCGGUCUUUAAAUUCUCCCGUGCUGGGGCCGGCGUGCGCACUCUUACCUGCCGCGGUGCGGCGAGCGUCCCACCGCUCUGCGCUUCCGAGGACUCUUGUCAUCUGCCUUAGGCGGGAAAUGCUGUUGCUGGAUUGCAACCCCGAGGUGGAUGGUCUGAAGCAUUUGCUGGAGACAGGAGCCUCGGUCAACGCACCCCCGGAUCCCUGCGAGCAGUCGCCUGUCCACUUAGCCGCAGGAAGCGGCCUUGCUUGCUUUCUUCUCUGGCAGCUGCAAACGGGCGCUGACCUCAACCAACAGGAUGUUUUAGGAGAAGCUCCACUACACAAGGCAGCAAAAGUUGGAAGCCUGGAGUGCCUUAGCCUGCUUGUAGCCAGUGAUGCCCAAAUUGAUUUAUGUAAUAAGAACGGGCAAACAGCUGAAGAUCUCGCUUGGUCAUGUGGAUUUCCAGACUGUGCCAAGUUUCUUACAACAAUUAAAUGCAUGCAGACAAUAAAACCAAGUGAACACUCGGACAGGAAUGACCGUGUUCCUGUGCUCAGACAGAAGCGAAGUUUUGGAAGUGUAGGAAGUAUCAGUGGGAAAAGGAAGUGUGGAUGUCACGUGGGUCAUGAAGAAGUCUGAAGAACGCCCUCAUUUCAUGCAGAUCUAUAAGCUCCUGCUUUUGGCUUUACCAUAUGUGUGUCUAAACUCCUUCUGAGAAGGAGGAAAAACUUUCUUCCAAGUGAAGAUCCAUUUAAGAACACAUGUAUUUACAUGCCUAUAACAUGCUGGUUGUGUAUGCUUUGUCUUUUAAGUUUUAUUAAAGGAAUGUCUAAAAAAUA